AUGGUUGAACCGCAGCAGUAUGAGCAAGGGAGAGCGACGCGACUCGAUGCGGGAUUAAGAUGGCUCAACGCGCUUCCCGAAGCCGAGGCGAGCGAGGCGCUGAUUCGCUGCUGCGGCUCCAAGAGAUUCGCCUCUGGCCUUGCAGCGCGCCGCCCGUUCGGAAGCGUGGAGGAUUUACAAAGGGCUGCGAGCGACGUGUGGUGGAAUCAGGUGGACAUCUCUGGUUGGCUGGAGGCGUUCAGUGCUCAUCCCAGGAUUGGUGACGUGGCAUCGCUCAAGAGAAAGUUUUCCACACAACAAUGGUCCCAAGGAGAGCAAGCAGCAGCCCUGCAAUCAUCUGACGACUCAUUCUUCCAGGAGAUGGCGGAGUGUAAUCGCCGCUACGAGCAGCGCUUUGGCCACAUCUUCAUCAUUUGCGCUCAGGGCAAGCCCGCACCGGAAAUACUCUCUGCUCUCAAGGAGCGCCUGGCGAAUCAGCCAAUCUACGAGGUACAGCUGGCAGCGAAGGAGCAAGAGAUGAUCACCCAGCUGAGGCUGGAGAAGCUGCUGCUGGACGCCCCCACAGAUAGUGUUGGCACCACAGGCCCUCCAGGCACAUCUGUGCCCGCUACAGUCACACCCAGUACAAGCAUCAAGUCCCCAUCCAUCUCCACACAUGUGCUGGACGUGGCUCUGGGCAGACCCGCUGCUGGCAUCAGGGUGGUGCUUGAACGCCAGAUAGAGGCCCAUAAAGGAAGUAGAGAGGGGGAGGGGGGAGUUGGUGGCAGCAGUGAGGGUGGUGGUGCAGAGUUGGGAUGGGAGCGAGUGGGGGAGGGAGUGACGAAUGCGGAUGGCAGGGCUGCUGGGCUGCUUUCCAUGGGUCGAGAUGGGGGAGGAGCGGUGGGAAGCGGUGGGGUAGGAGGUGGAGCGGUGGGAGGUGGUGGGGUGGGAGCUGGGAUCUACCGGCUGAGCUUUGCAACGGGGGAGUACCUUGCUCGGAUGCAUGCAGCAAGAGGAAUCGGGGACGCACAAGCUGGCACAGGGAGUGGCAGCGGUGGUGCUGGUGGUGGUGAUGGUUUGAGUGGGUUGGGUGGGUUCUUCCCUCAUGUGUCGAUAGUGUUCCAAGUGCUGCCAGAGCAAGAGUGGGAGCACUUCCACGUGCCGCUGCUGCUCUCCCCCUUCUCCUAUUCCACUUACCGAGGCAGCUGA